AGCGGGGAUGGGGGGAGGGAAGCGCAUAUCAACAAGAACAGCUGAUUCUGGAGGAGGAGCUGGUGGUGGAGGGUUUCCUUUGGUGUGUCAUGUGUCUCAUCAGUAAAGGAAAUGUAAUUGUAUGAGUAGCUGAAAAGGCAGAUCAUGAGACAAAAUGCAAUGUGAAGAAGAAAAGAGUUGGUGAUGCAAAAUGGAGAUACUUCAUAUUUGAUCAGUAUGAAAGAGAGGAAGCAGAUAGCAUUUCCUCUGCCAAAUAUGACAGGCCUCCAGUUGUAAAAUAGACUGAGCUUCUUUUGUGCCCCUAGGAAAUGUGCUGUUAGAUGUGCUUCUUAAUUUUAUAUUGAUUUCUAAAAGACAUCUAAGUAACCAAAGCAUCAUGGAUCCCAUGUUUUUCAAUAUGACCGCUUUCUGCGGGACAAUGGACUUCAGUGCUUGGAAUUCUCGCAAGUUAAACUUUGGGCUGUGUUUCCAAAAAGCAGUGUUUGUUGUUCCUACUUUUGCAAUGUUAGCCAUAAUAUCAGCCUAUUAUAUUGGCAAGCAGUCUGAAUGGGUGGUGCGCAGAAGAAAGCAGAUGGCAAUAAUCCACGCUAGGAUUGCUAUGACUGCACUUUCUUUAAUUCUGACCAUCUUAGAACCAUUGCUCUAUUUCUAUGUGGGAAAUGGAGAGCUGUUUUGGGUGGAUGGCCUUGUUGUUGGGGUGCAGACGAUUGCCUGGUUAGUGCACCUGGGUUAUUUAACAUCCCUGAAAACCCGCCUUAGUGUGGGGACUCGAGGCCCUACACCAGUCAUCUUUGCCUGGCUCCUGACAUUUCUCUGCACCAUCAACUUGGCUAGAACAGCAUGGUAUCGUGAAAGUGGAUUAUCAAAACUCAUUGAAGAAAUCAUGAGAUAUUUGGCCUUAGCACAACUAUGCCUACAAAUUGUGUACAUGUUUACACUGUUCCCAAAAGGCAGUGUUGGGACCUCACACUAUCAUGAAUUUAGGAGAGAGGCCACGGAACGUACUCCUCUCAUGGAAACAUCUUAUAAUGAUUACAGUGGCUUCCAUGAGGCAGCAGAUCCAUUCCAUUUGGGCAUUGCAGAGGAAAGAGUCAAUAUUUUAUCUUACCUUACUUUCUACUGGGUUAAUGCUCUGAUGGAGAAGGGGGCAUUGGGACACCUUCGCACCCAAGAUGAUCUGCAUGACCUUCCAAUUGAAAUGCGUACAGAUGUCAUUGCACAUAAGGUCAAUAAAACAAUCUUGAUGAAUCAGCCUCUACCAGUAGAGGGUACAGACGAGAUACCCAAGCAGAAGAAAUACUCGCUGCUAAGAGUCCUACACAAGUGUUUUGGAGUGCAGUUUUACAGCAUUGGUGUACUGAAGCUUGUUGGAGAUGGCCUUGGAUUUGCUGGCCCACUGCUGCUUCAUGAGUUGGUAACCUUUAUAGAGAACAAGGAUGGAGACACCAUAACUGGAUACACCUAUGCAGGUGGUCUGUGUGGUGCGGCUCUGGUUGCCACGUUCUGCAGCAUUCAUUAUAACUACUUAAUGGCUAAAGUUAACCUUCGUAUACGUGCGGCACUGGUAUCUACAAUAUAUCGUAAAGUCCUUUUGGUAAGCUCUGUGAACCUCAGCAAAUUCACAACAGGUGAAGUUGUCAAUAUGAUGAGUACUGACACUGACAGAGUUGUCAACUUCUGUCAGUCUUUCCAUGCAUUCUGGAGUCUUCCAUUGCAGUUGGGUGUCACACUGUAUUUGUUGUAUGUACAAAUUGGAAUAGCUUUCCUCGCUGGUGUAGGAGUUACAAUUCUACUGAUCCCCAUCAACAAGUGGCUGGCAUCAAAAAUAGGGAAAUUGAGUGUAGAGAUGAUGGGAUACAAGGAUAGAAGAGUCGGUCUCAUGACAGAGGUCCUGAGUAUGAUUAAAAUGGUGAAACUGAAUGCAUGGGAAGCCACAUUCAAACACAGAAUACAAGAUGAACGAUAUGGUGAAGUAAAGGCACUGGCUGGACGUAAAUACCUUGAUGCUGCCUGUGUCUACUUCUGGGCAGCAACACCUGUCCUUAUACCGAUUGCUACAUUUUCAACGUACAUUGCUCUUGGCAAUCCUCUCGAACCUGCUCGUGUAUUUACAGCAGUAGCCCUUUUCAACAUGCUUAUUAUGCCACUCAAUGCUUUCCCAUGGGUCAUCAAUGGGCUGGUUGAGGCUUGGGUCUCCGUGAAGCGUAUUGAGCGUCUGAUGGAGCUACCAGAACAAGACCUAAUGAACUAUUACACUGUAGUACCUGAGAUGAGUCAUAAGGACUCUGAGCUGCAAGUACUGAUCACAAACGGAAGCUUCACCUGGGCCAAUGGUGCUUCUCAAGCUCGAAGAGAAGCUGAAAGUCCCAAGGACUCAUCAGUUGAGACAUCCUCAACUGGAUCAGGAAGUUCAUUGAUAGAAACUGAUACCCUCAAUGGAAGCUUCGAGAAUCAUGUGGUGUUACCAACUCUUAGAAGAGUCAGCAUGCAGCUUUCAAAGGGUCAAGUAGUGGCUGUUGUUGGAAAAGUAGGUGCUGGUAAGACAUCACUGCUACAUGCCUUGUUAGCGGAAAUGUCAAAGACUCAUGGGAUUGUUGCAGUGGCUGCACUUCAUAAUGGUUUUGGAUUUGCCUCGCAACAGCCUUGGAUACAAAAUGGGUCCAUUAAGGAUAACAUAUUAUUUGGCAGCAGUCUUGACACCAACAGAUACAGAGCUGUACUGUCAGCAUGUGCUCUAGAAGAUGAUCUUCGAGCAUUGGCCUUACAAGAUGAGACUCGCUGUGGUGAGAAUGGAUCGUCUUUAAGUGGAGGACAAAAGGCUCGUGUCGCUCUGGCAAGAGCAGUUUAUCAGAAUAAGAGCAUCUACAUCUUAGACGAUGUAUUGUCAGCAGUGGACGGUCCUGUGGCACGUCACAUAAUGAGGCAUUGUGUCCAUGGUCUCCUGGCAGGCAGAACAGUGGUGCUAACAACCCACCAUCUGACUCUCCUUACUAAAGCAGAUUGGGUUAUCAGAAUGGAUAAUGGAGUUAUUGAGUCUCAAGGACCACCAGCAGUAAUCUUGCCAAGUUUCGUCUCCCCGGAAGAGCUGUCAGAUGAGUGGUGGGAGGAAGCAGAAGAUCCACAGGUGUCAGGUGCUAAACUGAGAAGGAUUUCCUUAGAUGUUUUUGCUGCAAGUCAAUCAAAAGCUGCAGAUGUGAUGAGAAAGAUUGAAGAAGCAGAAGAGCGUGAUUACGGAGAGCUGAGCAAUGCAGUAUACGUGACAUAUGCCACAGCAGUUGGUGGGAUCCUUACAGCAGCGAUCUUUUUCUCAUUUAUUUUGAUGCAAGGUUCAAGGAAUCUCACAGACAUAUGGCUGGCCUACUGGGUUUCUGAAGUCACAUCUGACAACAGCACUGGCAGCACUGUGCUAUUGCAAGGUGGAGUGUCAACACCCUGGGCUGGGACAGCCACCAGGCCAGAUCCUCCCAAGAUGACCAGCCCAAACUCAGGUCCUCUACAGUGGCUUAUUCCUGGGAAUCCUGUGCAUCAAGUGCUGCUUCUGCAGGAGCUGCCAGAAACAAACUUUUUGGCAGAUGUGGAUCCAAGCACCAAAUUCUAUCUCACAGUUUACGGAAUUCUUGCUGCAUCGAAUACUGUGUUCACUCUUAUGAGAUCUUUCCUAUUUGCUUACGGAGGGAUAUGUGCAGCAAGAUACAUUCACCGCAGAUUGUUGGAUUCAGUACUCUAUGCCAAGAUAACCUUCUUCGAUAACAACUCUCUUGGGCGCAUUCUAAAUCGUUUUUCAUCGGACCUGUACACAGUAGAUGACUCUCUACCCUUCCAGAUGAACAUCUUUUUUGCUCAAGCAUUUGGGCUAUUUGGUGCUAUUGUGGUAACAAUCUAUAGCUUACCAUGGAUCACCUUGCUCUACAUCCCCUUAGCCUUUGUGUAUUACACUGUUCAAAACUUUUAUCGCCAUACCUCUCGAGACCUAAAAAGGCUGCAUGCAGUGUCCCUUUCUCCACUGUAUGCUCACUUUACUGAGACUCUGCAAGGUCUUACAGUUAUACGUGCCAUGAGAGCUGUUCACAGGUUCAGCGUUCGAGCAGACAGUCUUCUAGAAGUCAGUCAGCGUGCCCAGUUUGACAUCCAGGUGGCUUCACAAUGGCUGAACCUCCGACUCCAGCUGAUAGGAUUGACAAUGCUGGCUGGAGUGGCAGCUCUAGCUCUCCUGCAACACCACUUUGAUGCAAUUGAAGCAGGGCUGGUUGGCCUUGUCAUCUCCUACGCCCUCACGAUCAGCAACUUCUUGAACAAUGUGGUGGGAUCCCUCACUGAGACAGAACGAGAACUAGUGAGCGUCGAGCGAGUCAAGCAGUAUCUGGAUGGUGCAGAGCCAGAGAGAAGAGAAGGCACUGCAGUCCCUCCAUUUGGCUGGCUGAGCCAUGGCUCCAUCCGGUUCCAAAAUGUCUCCCUGCGAUACCAUGAGCACAACCCUUAUGCCUUGAAGAAAGUUAAUUUUGAGGUGGGAGCAUCUGAGAAGGUUGGCAUCAUUGGUCGCACAGGUGCUGGCAAAAGUUCCAUAUUUACUGCUCUGUUUCGGCUGGUUGAACUGACUCGUGGCCGAAUAUAUGUUGAUAAUGUGGAUAUUUCAAAAUUAAGCCUUAAAAGAUUACGGUCCAGCAUGGCCAUUGUAACACAAGAUGCUCUGCUGUUUAGUGGGACAGUUAGGGAGAAUCUUGACCCAUGUGGGGAGUCUCUUGAUUCACAAGUGUGGCAGGCACUGAAGUCAUGCCAUCUGGCUGAGCUGGUCCAGACUCUUGGAGGCCUUACAGCCAGAAUAGAAGAGGCUGGGAAAGCCAUGUCAUCAGGAGAGAGACAACUAUUUUGCCUAGCAAGGGCACUUCUGUGCAGAACAAAGGUUGUGUGCAUAGAUGAAGGAACUUCCCAGCUUGACAAUGAGACAGAUGAGCAAAUCCAGCAAACCAUUCGCAGUGCCUUCAGGAACAAAACAGUCCUCAUCAUUGCUCAUAGGGUGCACACUGUUCGUGACUGUGAUAGAAUAUUGGUGAUGAGUGGUGGAGAGGUGGUUGAGAGUGGCCGGCCCACAGAACUGCUCUCUGACAGGGAUUCUCAUUUUUACUCCAUUCUUCACUCUCAGUGAGUGAGAGACAAGGAAUGGAUCUGAUU